ACACAUUUCAUUUUUGAUCUUUGUACCAUGAACACAAGCAUUCUCUCUACCAAGCCGACGCUGCCAUUGCUCAAGCCCAUGGCGGCGGCGACGAUCCAGGACCACGUUGCGGCGCUGCGGACGGCGUUCCGCAACGGCGCAAUGCGGCCGCUGGCCGCGCGCAAAGCGGCGCUGCUCCAGCUCCGCACGCUCCUCACCGAGGGUUUCGAGCUGCUCCAAACUGCAAUUUGGGCCGACUUGCACAAGCACGCGACCGAGACGUACGUGACCGAGACGUCGGUCGCCCUCCUCGAGAUCCAAGAGCAUUUGGACUAUAUGGACGAGUGGGCGGCGCCGAAGCGCGUGAGCACCAACCUCCUCAACGUUCCUGGAUCGUCCUUUAUUCGCAGCGACCCGCUUGGCGUCUGCUGCAUCUUUGACACGUGGAACUACCCGAUCAUGCUCCUCCUCAUGCCGCUCAUCGGGUGCCUCAGCGCUGGCAACGUCGCGCUCGUCCGCCUCCCGACCGACGGCAGCUGCGACAACGUCACGGCGGCACUUGCGCAUUUGUUUGACAAGUACAUGGACCGCAACGUGCUGCGGUACGUCACGGGCGGCAUUGACGCCAACAAGGCGCUCCUCCAAGAGAAAUUUGACCUGAUCUUCUGCACUGGCGGGUGUACCAUCGGCAAGAUCGUAGCGCGCGCCGCCGCCGAGACGUUGACGCCCGUGAUUCUCGAGCUCGGUGGCAAGUCGCCGGCGAUCAUCGACGCUUCAGUCGACUUGCUCGUGACUGCCCGGCGUCUCGUCUGGGGCGCCUUCACCAACGCUGGCCAGACCUGCGUCCGCCCCGACUACAUCUUUGUCCACGCGUCCAUUGGACCUGCGCUCGUCGCCGCCAUGAAGCAAGCGACUGUCGACUUCUUUGGCGCCGACCCGCAAGCGUCCGACUCGUACGGGCGCCUCGUCAACAGCGCGCAAUUCGACCGCAUUCGCCGCAUCUACGAAGCCGACAAGACAUUCGCGGUGCACGGCGGGCAGUCGGACGCGUCGGAUCGGUUUUUCGGGCCGACGAUGUUCAAUUUCGAGUCGGACUAUGCGACAUUUGCAGCAAGCGCGAGCAUGGACAGCGAGCUCUUUGGCCCGCUUUUGCCGAUCUGCUACUACACGGACGUGAACGCAGUCAUGGACCACGUCAACGCGCAGCCCAAGCCGCUCGCCCUGUACAUCUUCAGCAAGAAGAACGCCUUCCAACAGCACAUGCUCGCCAACACAUCGUCCGGCAGCGUGUGCGUGAACGACACGAUGGUGCAGAUUUUGAACCCGAGUUUGCCGUUUGGCGGCGUCGGCAACUCUGGCAUGGGCGCAUACCACGGCCACAAGUCGUUUGAGGUAUUCAGCCACGCCAAGCCGGUGCUGUACAAGCACUUUAUCUUGGACAUUGCGCAGCGCUACCAGCCGUACACGCCCUUUGCGCGCACGCUCUUUGGCCUCGUGCUGUACCCGGCUCCGCGUGCAUGGGUCAAGGCGCUGCAGCGUGCACUCUCGGUCGGUGUCGUCGGCCUUGUGCUGGCACUCGUUUGGAGCCGCAAAAGUUAGGCUACCUCGACUAUAGUGCUUUGUCGCUGCAAUUGUACAAUGUAUUGGAUCAUGUGGAAAAUAGUUAUUUGAAAAGGAUGUCAUUCC